CCGAAUCAGUCUAGUGAACCUAACGUUACCGAGUGGAUGUUUUAUUGAAGCGGUGCGUUUGUCCGUAAACCGAAAGCGAUAGUUGUUCUGUGUUGAUCUGCGCAAGAAGAGCGAUCGUGCGCGUGCGUGCGUGUGUGAGGAUAAUCGGUUUCUAAUAUCUGCAUAUUUACCUUACGUGCGGCUUCAUUGAUUGCCUUUUAGGAGCGUGGAUUAGCUGGUUCCGUUUUCAACAGUGCAUCGUGCAUCUGUGUUUGGAUGUUUGAAAUUUCCGGCGUUCCGUCGUUAGCAUGUGAGGGGGCGCGAACGAAGCGCAAAGAUAAUAGAAUUGUCUGGAGUUCGUUUUCUGCGGCAGCGAAAACGCGAUUUACCAUGACAUGAGAAAUCUACACCACCAGUGAGAAUGGUGUGAAGAGCGGUGUUUGGUGCAUUAGUUCAAUCGACUAACAGUUAAUUAACUGUUGUAGGAAGAGAGUGAUUAUCAGUUGUUGGAGGAAGAGAAGAUCCCCAGCUUGACGGUGUAGCUUUGGGGUCUAUGGAGUGAUAAGCCCGCUAUAGCCGUGGCAGAAGAUAUAGGUACCGAAGAAACGAAAUUCAUGUGAAAUACUUGAGCUCAAAGCAUUCGACUUCGUUCAGGUGUGACCUUUGGGUGGUGCUUUUUUGUGUACGGGUUUCCGUCAUGCAUUGUUAAGCCGGAGAUCAAGCGAAGGUUUGUUGAAAGAUUUCCUCCGGGCCCAGUGUGAAGUGUUUGUGGUGGUGAAUGAAUGACAGUGAAACUGUGAGAAAGGUAACAUAAACAUAACGAAACUGAAGACGCGGAGGGAAGUAAAGCUUCGAUGAAGUAGAAGAAAGUGGCGAAGAUCAUAAUUUCUUCACGAAGACGACGACCACGACCACGACACCAGCGGAGAUAGCAGUAAUUUGGCAUUGGAAGGCAACGGCAAACGGUUCAUUUUAUUGUUUGGGAUAUUUUAACGCGAAAGAGAAGCGUUGACUAGCAAAGCAGCGGUUCCAGUGGAGUUGGAGUCGGAAUAAAAAUUCAUAGAGAUCCGUACGUGUGACAAUAGUGCGUGCUGGUAUGCGCCGCCACUGACUUGGUUCCGCCAACAACUGACGGUACAAUACUGUGUACGACUUUGGCUGCGUGCGCGCGGUAUGAUUCAUUCGAAACUAGGCACGAGUUCGUUGCAUCUGGAACCGGUUUCAAUGGGUACGGAUUAAGGCGGCCGGCCCCGUUGGUGGAAGGCGAUAGGCGAUACGAGACGGCAACACGGAGACUGUAUAGCGCCAAAGGUCGUCGAGACCCUUGGUUGAAGGAAUAUGGCCUACAAUGGACUGUCGCAGCAUGUGGAUUUCCUGAGACUGUCCAACCCAACGGAGCGGUUCGAACUGCUGGAUCUGAUCGGUGAGGGAACGUACGGAGAGGUGUACAGUGCCAAGGACAAGCACACCGGCCGCAAGUAUGCCGUUAAGAUCCUGGAAAGCAUUGCCGACAACAUCGAGGAAAUCGAGGAGGAAUAUCUGGUGCUGCGCGACCUGUCCAAACAUCCUAACAUUCCGGACUUUGCCGGGUUGUUCCUGAAACGUGGUGCCACAGUAGAAGAUGACCAGCUUUGGUUCGUGCUUGAGCUAUGCACCGGUGGUUCGGUUACGGAUCUGGUUCAAGGUCUACGCAACCGUGGCUCCCGGCUGACCAACAACCAGAUUGCGUACAUUCUGAGAGAGACGGUACACGCGCUGGUGUUUCUCCAUGAGAACCAUUGCAUGCAUCGAGACAUCAAAGGGCACAACAUCCUGCUGACGGAGAAUGGCCACGUCAAACUGGUGGAUUUCGGUGUUAGUUCCCACCUGGCAGCCACCAUGGCCCGGAGGAAUACCAGCGUGGGAACGCCCUACUGGAUGGCUCCGGAGGUGAUUGCUUGCGAGCAGCAGUUGGACCAAUCGUACGAUUCCAGGUGUGACGUGUGGUCGAUCGGGAUCACGGCAAUCGAACUGGCGGAAGGGGAUCCUCCACUGUGUGAACUGCAUCCGAUGCGAGCUUUGUUCCAAAUUCCGAGGAAUCCACCGCCGAGGUUGAACCAUCCGGAAAACUACUCAGCCAUGUUGUCGGAUUUUAUAUCUGAGUGUUUGGUGAAGGAUCUGGAGCAAAGGCCGUUCUCGAAGGAGUUGAUUACGCAUCCGCUUUUGAAGAGCGUUGGUCCGCACGUGGAUCAGGUAAGGCAUGAGUUGAAAAGUGAGAUACAGAAGCAGCGAUCGGAUGGAAGAGCUCCUCGUCAAGCGGAGGCUACCACCAAGUAUGGUAAACUGAAGUCAGACAGGAAGUCCAAACCGCAGAAGAUGUACAUAGAUGACUUGGCGGGGUUAGACGUCCUGACGGAGGACACCAUUGUCGAACAGCUUCAGAAGCGAUUCGAGGCCAAUCAAAUAUACACAUACAUUGGAGAUAUUCUGGUGGCAGUGAAUCCAUUCUCCAAACUUGGGAUCUACACAACCUACCACCAGAAGAAGUACAGUGGUAAAACAAGAUCGGACAACCCGCCACACAUCUUCGCCGUUGCGGACGCUGCUCACCAAGCAUUAGUCCACCAAAAGCAAAAUCAAGCGAUUGUCAUCUCCGGUGAGAGUGGUUCCGGAAAAACGGAAAGCGCCAACUUGUUGUUGAAACAGUUGGUCUUCCUAGGGAAGGCAGUUACCAGAAACCUCGAAGAACGCAUCCUUCAAGUAAAUCCCAUCAUGGAGGCUUUCGGCAAUGCUCGAACCGGUAUUAAUUCGAACAGCUCCCGUUUUGGGAAAUACCUAGAACUAACCAUGGCACGUAGCGGAAAAGUCAAUGGGGCUCGCAUAUUCGUUUACCUACUGGAGCAGAGCCGAGUAGUCAAGCAAGCCGAAGCGGAAGGCAACUUCCACAUCUUCUACUACAUGUACGACGGACUCCAGGCGGAGAAGCGCCUGGAAGAGUACUAUCUUCAUCCAUCGUACCGGAAAACUCACCGUUACCUUCAGGAAACAGCGACGUUACCCAAGACCAACGUUGAACGUUGGAAGCAACUGCUGGCUAGUUUCAAGGUGCUCGGCUUCCGGGACGAUGAAAUCGAUAUGGUGAAUCGGGUGCUGGCGGCAAUCCUCAACCUGGGGGAUAUGGAGUUCGGCGAGAUGGAUUCCAACGAUAACACCGACAGUAGAGCGAGAGUCAUUGACGUGGCUCCAAUGCAUCGCGUUUCGAAGCUGCUCGGUGUGGAGUCAGCUGAUUUGCUGGAGGCACUGACGUCGAAUUCGGUGGUGACCCGAGGAGAAACCAUUACGCGGCAUAACAAUGUGGCGGAAGCUUGCACGGCGAGGGAUGCCAUGGCGAAGGGACUGUACGGGCGACUGUUCGAUUGGAUGGUCAAUCAGAUCAAUUUGCUGCUGGUGCAUAACAAACCGAAUAAUAGUCCCGAACAACUGGCAGUGGGACUAUUGGACAUCUUUGGGUUCGAGAAUUUCGGCAAGAAUUCAUUCGAGCAGCUUUGCAUCAACAUCGCCAAUGAACAAAUCCAAUAUUAUUUCAACCAGCACAUCUUUACGUGGGAACAGCAGGAGUACAUGGCCGAAGGAAUCCCUGUUGAUUUAGUGGAGUUUGCAGAUAACCGCCCUGUGUUGGAUAUGCUCCUUAGUCGACCUCUUGGGCUACUGGCCCUUCUAGACGAAGAGUCCCGUUUCCCACGAUCCAACGAUCGAUCUCUAAUCGAAAAAUUCCACAACAACAUCAAGUCCAAGUUCUACCAGCGACCCAAGUCCGAUGCCGUGUGCUUCGCGAUCCACCAUUUUGCCGGCCGCGUCGUCUACCAAGCGGAUGGAUUCCUGGAAAAGAACCGCAACUUCCUACCGGCGGAAAUCAUCCAGCUGAUCCGCCAGAGCCAGUACGACAUGAUUCGGUUCCUGUUCCAGUGUCCGAUCACCAAGACGGGCAACCUGUACUCGGCCAUCCAGGACACUGGAUCGCGCCAGAACGUGUCCAACUUCAUCAAGGUUGAUACGAAGGAAAAGUUCAACUCCCGCGGGCUGGCGUCGCAGUCGAGAGCCCAGCAAACGGUGGCCACCUACUUCCGGUACUCGCUGAUGGAUCUGCUGCAGAAGAUGGUCACCGGAACACCGCAGUUCAUCCGGUGCAUCAAACCGAACGACAUGAAGGCUGCGAAGAGCUUCGAACCGGUCAAGGUGCUGAAGCAGCUGCGCUACACCGGCGUGCUGGAAACCAUCCGGAUCCGUCAGCAUGGCUUCAGCCAUCGGUUGGCGUUUGCGGAGUUCCUGAAGAGAUACUACUUCCUCGGCUACGGAUUCGAGGAACGUGUCGUCGCAAGCCGAGAAUCGUGUCGUUUACUUUUAGUGCGUCUAAAAAUGGAUGGAUGGGCACUCGGAAAGUCCAAGGUGUUCCUCAAGUACUACCACUUCGAGUAUCUGUCCAAGCUGUACGAAGAACACGUUCGCAAAAUCAUCCUGGUGCAGGCCUGCGUUCGCCGUUGGCUGGCCAAGGCAUUCGUCAAGCGGGAGAAACAGAUGGCAGCGCAGCGCGUGGCUCGCAGUGCCGUUACCCUGCAGAAGCACGUCCGCGGAUGGUUGACGCGACGCCGCAUGAACAAUCUGCUCCGGGAAAAGCAAGAAAAGGAACGUGUCGAACGGGAGCGGCUCGAAAAGGAACGGGAACGGCUGGAAAAGGAGCGAGAACGCCAGGAGAAGGAACGACUGGCACGGGAGAAGAAGAACAAUGAACAAAACAAAGUCAAACAGGCAUUGGCCAGGGCUAAGCUGAUUCACCAGAUGUCCAACAGUGAGCUCAUCAAACCAUCCGAGAAACAUGCUGUGGACAUGAACAACAAAGAGAACGAGAAGGCAGCUAUCGUCAUCCAGAGCUAUUACCGAGGAUACACGAUCCGCAAGAUGAAACUUACCCCGGAACUAGAAGCCAAAACCAAAUACAUUCUGGGUAUCGCUAAGAACCGCGUUGAAGCCCAACGCAUGAUGCAGAAGGAAGGCUUCACCAAGGAGGACGCCGCUCGUAUAAUCCAAAGGUUCUACCGAACUCACAAGAGCAAGAACAACAACAGCAACAAGGAAAGCAGCCGAAAGAAGGGACCGGCGCCGCAACCCGGUAAACCUCUCUCGGCCAAGGAUCAACAGGUGGAUCUCAUUGCGUUCUCGCAGAACGUCCACAUGUUGAACCAGGAGAUUCACAAGAACCUACGCGCCACCAAGACCGGAAUCCCACUGGAUGCCAUAGAAAAGCUCCCCAACGACUACAAACGACCGCCGGGCUUCGUGCUGGUGCCGGGACUGCUCGGAACGGUCCCCGGCGGAGAGUUCACCAAGUACAGCUCGUUCCGCAGUACUGGCGACUGCGACCACGAAAUGACCAAGGAGCUGAUUCAAAGUCCGGUCUCGCCGAAUGAAUUCGACGACGUAUCCCCGUGGGACAUGCCGUUCUACGAGCUGGAACGGAAUCUCCGCUCGCAAAGACAACGGAACCUCCAGCAGCAACAGCAACACCACCAGCAGCAGCGGGUCGACGUCAAUCGUAACGACAUCCUCGGUGACCGCAAAAUGGAGCUGAGCGAGCGCAAACAGCAGCUGUCGAACAACUGGCACCAGGCAUUCCAGGGCACCGAGACCACCGUGCAGGACAAUAAAUUCAAGGGGAUGGUCAGAUCCAACAAUCACCACAACAACGAACCGGCUCACAUCCGUCACAUACCGGCCUUCAGCUACCUGAAUCCCAACGGACACCAGAUUCUGCGCUACUCACCGAACAACGUGGAGCAACAUUCUCCGUCGCCAUCGUCCCGGGAUCAAUCGUAUCGACAGGGCAGCAGUGACCAGCACCACCGCCAAGAAUCCCCCGUCAAGACACCGAGUCCAUCCAGCGGCCAAGGCAAAGCCAAGAAACAGAGUCCCAAACAAGAGUACAAGCUGAAGGAGAAGGAAAACAAGGACAAGAAGAAGAAGGAGAAGAAAGCCAAGAAGGAAAAAGAGAAGGAAAAGUCGACGUCGCCCACUUCGGGGACGUCCUCAGCGAUGAGCAGUUCUGCCGAGAAACCACGAAAGGAGCCGAAGAAGAAGGCUCCGAUGCCAAUUCCGCAACCGGGGCAAGUUGCGCCGAAGAGGAUAAUCGAUCACCAUGAAUAUCAAAACAUUUCCGAGGAGACGAAGAUCGAUAGCAAAAGUCCGGUUAUGCGGAUGUUCGGCGAUACGAAUUUUCUGUUGAACCACCGGAGAAGGGCAUCCAAUCAGAAGGAGAGUGGUUUGAGCUGUGGACAAGGAGUAUGCGAGCUGAUGAAUGGAGUCUACAGGUUCAGCCCGCACGUAACUUCGUUCGCUGAAUUGGAGUCGAAUAAGGGCAGCAACAAUCGAUCACAUCCUUCGACGAUGGAUGCCAAGGAAUACAAUAACUUUAAUGUGUCCAAGUAUUUGAACAUCGAUGUAAAAACGCCGAAUCUUAGAACAGUGAAGCACCAUCACCACAGGCAUCACAUGAGUUCGAAUAGUAGCAGCAUGAGCAGUGGCAGUGAAGGUUCGAAUUCGCUGAAUUCGUUUGACUCGGUCGAACAGGCGAUCAUUUUCCAGAAGAACAAAAAUGCUGAUUCGUACCUUGGGCCGUUCAACUUCAGACAGUUGCUUAGGCCGACCCAGGGACCUACAGAGUCUCUCCGGAAACGCAAGGGUAUCAAUCCACCGUCUCCGCCACCACUACAGCGUGGUAAAAGCUAAGAAGGAUUAGGGAACGGUGUUUUUGGGAGAAUUGUUAAGUUUGGUUUAGUGCAUUUGGCUAUCGUUGUAUUUAUAGAAGCUUGAUAGAUCGACUCGUUCCGCUUUCUUUGCAAAAUCAAUGAUACCAUCGUUGACAAAUUCUUCUCCAUUUGAAGUAGACCAUAAAUUAUGAUCUCGUAGUAAGUAGAAGACCUAGCCUGGCGAGUCGGAUGCAGUUCCAUGGAUGAGAAUCGAUUUCUCAACGCACGUGUUCGAACAAUGCACGUGGGCCCGCCGAAACUCGCCACAGGGAAAUUGGAACGAUUUAGGUCUAUUGAUAGCGCAUCACGCCGCUGCUUCUGCAGUUGCAGAAGACAAACUUUUCCGGCCGGGAUUUUCCAGCCGCUCGGUUUUUUCCCACCAUUGUACAGUCGAGACUCCUCUAUUGCAUGCAUUUCUUCUACACUGGUUCUUAUUACACGGCAGUCCGUGUUGUAGGAAUCGCAGACCUUAUGAGGUUUUGAUAGCACCAUACUGUCCAGACUGAACCAAUUCAUGUAGUAUGAGUCCCAACUGUACAUCCUGCUACCGCAGUGGCUUUCCCGAUGAAAAUGUUCGUUUCUCUCGAAUGAUAUUAAUUUUAUGUUUUCGAGGUUGCGGUUUGAAUUUGCUGUUUGAGAGGUAGCUGGUACUAAACGUAGAUAUAGUUUGACUUUGCUAUUUUUGCUGUCGUCGUCAUUAUCGUUGCCGACGGGAUUUCCGGUUGGAAGUGGGCUACAGCAGUGCUCAGCAACCGAAUGCGCCUCGGGCCUCUACUCGGCGAAAGAUCAACUUUUGCGUGGAUUUAUUCACUGCACGUCUUAUCUUUUGUUUCCGCCAAUUGGUGCAGUUCCAUACAUUCUCUCGAUGGUUUAAUGAAAAAUUCUCUAAAUAUAGUACGGGUUUUCUGCUUGCACAUUGCAUAUUGAAUAAACGAACAAGGUGGCAAGACCAUAUUCCGAGCCGUAUAAGAUUCUUAAGCCAGGGCUAAACUAUUGUCCUUGAAAAAAAAAAUGGAAUGGUUGCCUCAACCAUCAUCAAUCAUAUCCAUAAUUCUAAAUAAAUUGCCUCACUGACAGUCCUCGGAGGAAUGAGGCUCAUGCGUAGAGUACAAAAAAAAUGCAAUCCAUUCGAGAGCCAUAUACCCUAGACCCAAGGCCGAGCCGUUCGAGAAAGAAUGCCUCUUCGAGAUACUGCACUGCACUUUCUGCCGGAAUAACUUUGCCCCAUUUCUUCAUCCUCCCACACCACACUCUCGCUUCAUCUUAUCGCUUUGCUAUUCAUUUAACUCGAAGGCAGUUUUUAUAAUUUAUUAUCCAAACUAGUUAGUCCCAUCACGACCGCCUUUUGUAACCUAGAUUUAUCCUCAUCCAAUAUCGUUUCUUAGCACACAGUAAGUUACGAGCGCCAAGUAGAUCGAAAGAUUUGUGUGGUCUUUUGUGGACCAAACUUGGCCUCUAGGGAAAUGUAGUUACUCUCUAUCUAGUUAAACCACAUACACCACCAAGGAGGAACUUUAUGUAAAUUUAAGAAAACACAAAAAAUGCUUCCCGGAAUAAGACUCACCACCUGACACCAAAAACUAGUGGAAUAAAGUACCAAGUCUUGUUACAAGUUGAGUUAUAACCUUCGUGAAUCGUAA